UCGAACUUCCCCCAUUCCAACUCGAACGGCUGCGUGCAUUUACAACGCUCCCUCGCGCAUUUUGCUUCUGAUUUCUUUGUUGUGCUCGGCUUUCAUAUCCGCGCACCAAGAUAUUGGCUGAUCUUCUCACUCGACACUUAACCUUUUCGCGCCUUAUACACCCGGUUUCUUCCCGCGGUCCGCUUCAUGAACUUGGUUUGGAACGUUGUGCUUCCGGUCUACGACAGUCUCCUUCCUAGCGAGGAUACACGCCCGUAUCAUAUAUCCCCACACUACAUCUCCAAAACUAGAAGGAAGAAAACUUUUAGUUUGAACAAUUCGUAAAAGAAUUCAAGUUGGAUAGUAAAGCACGAGCAAGUAAACAAAAAAAUUCAUAGUCUACACCAUUUUCCGGAAAAGCGAUUAAAACAAGAUGUCUGGUGGUAAUAUCAACAUUCGUCGCGAUGUCAGCGACAAGUUCUACCGUUACAAGAUGCCGAGGCUAAUCUCCAAAAUUGAGGGCAAGGGCAACGGAAUAAAAACGGUUAUCCCCAACAUGUCUGAUAUUGCAAAAUCCUUGAGUCGUCCGCCUACCUACACGACAAAGUUUUUUGGUUGUGAGCUCGGCGCUCAAGUCAAAUGUGAUGAAAAGAACGACCGCUAUAUUGUUAACGGUGCCCACGAUGCUGAGAAGUUGCAGAAGCUUUUGGAUGGUUUCAUUGACAAGUUCGUUUUGUGUCCAUCCUGUAAGAACCCCGAAACUGACUUGAUCCUUACAAAGGACGACUUCAUCAUGAGGGACUGCAAAGCUUGCGGUGCUAAUUUACCUGUUGACAUGCGUCACAAGCUUACCACAUUCAUUGUGAAGAACCCUCCUGCUCAACCAAAGAAGAUCAAGAAGGCAAAGAAUGGGACCACGGAGGGCAAGAAGGAUAUGCCCACACCUCCCGACACUGCCUCCAACGGGUCCGACGACGAUGCCGAUGAAGAAGUCACUCGUAUGAUGGAUGCUGAAGCCGCCGCCAUGCUGGCGGCCGCACCCGCUGCCGAUGACAAUGCUGACGACGAUGACUGGGCGGUUGAUACCAGUGCGGAUGCGGUUGCUGCUCGCAUGAAAGAGCUCAGCGUUGGCGGGGCAGUUGCCAAGCUCACGAACGCUGACGAAGAUGACGAAGACAGUGAUGAUCCUCUGGAGCAGUUCGCUGAUUACAUUACGACGCAUCCUUCUGCCUCUGACGCUGAGAUUCAGAAUGCAGCUCACAACCUAGGAAUUCGUUCUGACAAGGCUUGCGUUAUCCUCGCUCAGGUUCUUUUUAACGAGAAAAUCUUGGCCGACAAACAGAUCACCAAACGCGCUGAUCUCUUGCGUAAGUUUUUGAAGAAUGAGAAAGCCCAGAAAGGGCUUCUCGGGGGUAUUGAGCGUCUCGUCGGUGUUUCCUAUAAAGACCUCCUUCCCAAAAUGCCGGUUAUUCUCAAGGCGCUGUACGAUGAGGAUCUCGUUGAUGAAGAAGUUUUUUUGAGUUGGGGAGAGAAGGCCUCCAAGAAGUUUGUGGACAGGAAAAUCAGCAAGGAAAUCAGGGAGAAGUCUGAACCAUUCCUUGCUUGGUUGCGUGAGGCUGAUGAGGAGGAGAGCGAGGAAGAGGAAGAUGAUGAGUAGACUAGUAAGCGGUCUUGGGAAUUCAUUGGGGUGUUGCGAGCUUUAUUCAUGGGUGGUUUAUGAGUUUGGGUGGCAUGUAGUGUGUUCGAGUCUUAAAUAUGGUUAUCUCAUCCUCAGUGUUUUCGCAAUCUCCUUUUUUUCUAAUGGGUUUCUCGAGUCACAAUACCAGAGUUGGC